GAAAGUCAAAUAAGUACAUGAACUGGUUUUCUCCGGAGCCUGAACAACAGAAGUGUAAAAAAUGAAGUCACCAGCCCUUGGCCUAUACUGAACACCUCACAAAACAAGGAGUUGUUUCUGGAAACAGAGCCUCCCUUAAUCUGAUGUCAAGAGACUGGGUAAUUGUUUUUCUCAGCAGGACUCUGGGCUCGGGUUUCUCCUGGCCUUCCUAUCUGCCUAGGAAAAGGUGUCUGUGACUCUUCACUCCCAGAGAAAGAAGAAAAGCCGAGGCGAGCAUCCCUGUCUUGAGAGGGGAAGGGUCAGAACACCGAACCUGCUGGAGAGGGUUCAGAGACGAGGCCGCAGGCCAGCGCUCUCCCGGGGCUCAGCGGCACAGGACAAAGGUGCAGAGAGGCCGCUGCGGAAGGACGCCCUGGCGCGGCCCGCGGUCAGCUCCAGCGGCCUCCCUUCCCAGAGAUGCAGGCGGCGGGGCUGCUGCUGCUGGGGCUGGCCUGCUCCGUGCGCGGGCUCUGCUCGCCCUCAGUGUUCUACAGAGACUGUUGGAUCCGCCGCUUCCCAGGGCUGCUCCUGGACCUAGAGGAAUCUCAGAGGCUGGGGGCCCAGUUCCUCAAGUAUUACUCGGAGAGCACCGGCCAGAAGUGCAGCCGGAGCUGCUGUCUCAGGAAGGAUGUUUCCUGUAAUGUGGCUGUCUUCUUCCAUGAUCCCAUCCACGACAAUGUCAACUGCCUCCAUGUCCACUGCCCAACUCUGGAGAGCUGCAUUCUGGAGCCUGGGACCAGUGCCAUUCUGUACAACAUAACAGCAGGCAUAGAUCCAGAUUUGCUGGUUUUUGAGCAUCCAUCCCCCACAUACCCAAACACCCGCUCCUCGUCUGACUGGUGGGAUAGACUGCGAAUUCUAAAAGCUCUGAAUGUAGGUAACAAAGGACACACAGAUGGGACAAAGCACAUGCUGCUGUCCACAGAGGCUGCUGUGUCUACUACACAUCAAGAUCCGGGUACAAACACAGGCAUCAGUUAUUCCAGGAAGUCAACCACAGAUCUGGGGAUAAGAUUCAUUUCUGUGAAUGUGUCCCCUGCUACCAAGGUCAACAUGGAGUCACCAAGCACAGACUUCACCCAUAGUCCAGAUAACAUGACUAUUUCUCCUUUCUUUGGACCCACAGACACAAAAGUUUCUCAGGUGCCCAGCCAAUCCCGACUCAACAUUAGCCAACAAUUACUGAACAGAACAAAGGGGUCCCACAGUGGAAACCACACAGCUGAGGAUGAAGUGCCUCAGGAUGGAGCGCCAGUGACCGCAGGGGCCUGGCUGGCUUCUGUGGCCCUGGGCGCUGCCAUCGUCUGCCUCUGCUGCUGUGUGGUCAUCGGGGCAUCCAGGUGCUGCAGAGAGCAGCAGGGCUGGUAUCGCCUGGGACAGCAGAGGUCAGGAUGAUACACUGAAGGAGAGUUCCUAAAGCUGGAGCCAGGUUAUGGGCUUUGAGUGUGUUGUCAGCUUUCUGUAAGAAAAUAACGAACAUUUUGGUUAAAAAAAAAAAAUAAAGCUAUGCCAGAAACCUGA